AUUGAGCAUCAGAAACUAAAAAAUGGGUCACUCUACUUCCAAUCAUGUAUUUAUCAUUCUCAUCUACUUAUUGUUCUCUCUUUCUAGUUUACUGAUCAUACAAUACCCAACUGCACAAGCAUACCAAUAUCGAUACCAUUCUUGUUCUGGUGAUAAUUACACUACUAACGGUACAUUUCAAAAAAAAUCUCAACCUUCUUCAUCCUUCAAUGUCCUUAGCCGGCAAUUCAAGCAUAAAAAAUGGAUACUAUAAUGCCACCGUUGGCCGAAAUCUGGAUACUGUUUAUGGAUCGUUCCAGUGUAGAGGUGAUGUUCCACUAGAUGUGUGUCAAGGUUGUAUCAAAAUCGGUACUAAAGAGAUAAAAGAAAAUUAUAGAUGUCCAAAUUCUAAACAAGCAAUUCUUUGGUAUGAUAUAUGUAUGUUAAGGUAUUCGAAUCAAUCUUACUUUAAUAUUAGGCAGGAUAGACCAGCGGUUUAUUUAGCGAAUACUAGAAAUAUUUCUAAUCCAGAUCAGUUUAGACAAAUUUUAAGUGAUUUCAUGGAUGGUUUAUCAGGAAAAGUUGCGUCCAAUAUUAAUGGCUCUACCAAAUUUGCUACUGGUGAUACACCUUUUACAGAUAUGAUUAAAAUAUAUGGAUAUGUACAGUGUACUGAAGAUAUAUCAUUAAGUGAUUGUAAUCAGGGUCUUCUUUUAUCACUAUCUCAGUUACGGAAUUUGACUGAGGCGUCACGGGGUGGACAAAUUCUCAAACCUAGUUUUAAUGUGAGAUUUGAAAUAUAUCCUUUAUUUCCAUCUAUAACUACUCCCUCACCAUCUCCUGCACCACUGCCUCUCGUAUCCCCGCCUUCUUCAACCAACACAACCACACCGGACGCAAAUGGUAUCAAGUCAUCCAUACUUGUUGUUUGUAUAGUUGUUCCUGCAGUAAUUGUAGCAUUUUGUGCCAUUUCCAUUUGGUUCUUCUGUUUCCAGAGGAAAAAGAAAAGACGGACAGAGUUUUUUGACGAUGUCGAUGAGGAGAUUCAAAGUACAGAAUCUUUGCAAUUCAACUUCAGCACAAUAAGUGCUGCAACAAAUAAUUUCUCUGAAGCUAAUAAACUCGGAGAAGGUGGGUUUGGCCCUGUAUACAAGGGUACACUAUCAAACGAGCAACAUAUAGCGGUGAAGAGGCUAUCCGAACAUUCAGGACAAGGUGACCGAGAGUUCAAAAAUGAAGUUACAUUAGUAGCUAAACUUCAGCACAGAAAUCUUGUGAAGCUUGUUGGUUUCAGUCUAUCCGGUGAAGAAAAGCUACUCAUCUAUGAAUUCAUGCCUAAUGCAAGCCUUGACAAAUUCCUAUUCGACCCAAUAAAAUGUGCACAACUGGAUUGGGAAAGACGGUACAAGAUUAUUAAAGGGGUAGCAGCAGGACUUGUCUAUCUUCAUGAGGAGUCUCGACUUAAGAUUGUCCACCGGGAUCUCAAAGCCAGCAACAUAUUACUGGAUAAAGACAUGAAUCCAAAAAUUGCAGACUUCGGCAUGGCUAGGCUUUUUGUGCUUGAUCAAACUCAAGCAAGUACAAAAAGAAUAGUCGGAACCCAUGGCUACAUGGCUCCUGAGUAUGUAAUGCAUGGAAAAUUUUCUGUGAAAUCAGACGUGUUUAGUUUUGGUGUUUUAGUUUUAGAGAUUCUUAGUGGACGGAGGAACAACGGUUUUCAUAAAUCAGAAAUUGCUCGGGACCUUCUAAGCUACGUAUGGAGACAUUGGAAUGAUGGAUCUGCUAUUGAAAUAUUAGAUCCAACUUUGAAAGACACAUAUUCUAGAAAUGAAGCGGUGAGAUGCAUCCAUGUCGCAUUGCUAUGUGUUCAAGAAAAUGUUGCAGAUAGACCCACAAUGCCCACAGUUGUCCAAAUGCUCAACACCUAUUCGGACAUCAAUACCGACUUACCUUCAGAACCUGCAUUUUUUGCUGAUAGUACGAGACAUCCAAAUCUAGGCAGCAACAGUGGAGAACAAAGAAGCGCGAAGGACGAGUCAAACAUUGAAGCAGGGACAUGGAGCGUGAAUGAACUUACAGUUUCUGAAGUCCACCCUCGAUGAUACAAUCUUGUUCAGUUGUUCUUCUUUUAUUUUAGAAGAAGUUUGGUGUUGUUGUCAGUAAUGCUUUGAAUAAGGAGGGGACGUGUUAGUAGUACUGCACCUAGAAUUGCGCAAUGCUGAGUCGAUUUCCUGUUAUUUCUUACUCUCGUGUUUUCUUUUUUCUUACCCGCCGGAUCAGGAUAUUAUCCGGAUUAAUUGGGGUAUACUCGAUUUUAAGUGAAUUCUAUUAUAGGGUUA